UUAGCGUUGUUUUAUGGGAGGCGGGUGCUGCCGUCAAAUCGAAACCACGGCUACAUAACACUUAUUGUGUGAACUACUUUCAGAAGUUACACCUAGCUCGGUGUACUUCGAGAUAGUACUUACGUUUAGUUCUUGCAAAACGCGAGUGCUGUUCCAUCCAUUAUUGUAUUUUAUCCUUGUAUGAAUGGAAUACGUUAACUUGAGUAUAUUGGCUAAAGCCUGCUCUACUGGUAUAUUGGCUCGCUGCAGCACUGUUUAGAAAUACGUAUAAUAACGUGCACUCGUGUAUUGCAAGAACUGACCAAACGUGUUCUGUGUUACAUCUGUAGAACAACGACACACUGCUGUACCUUCAUGAUGUUACUAGUACUGUUGCUGCUGUUUGUACCGGAGCAGGCGCUGUCCGACCUGCGGAUCUUGGGAGGCACGAAUGUCAGUCAUACCGACUACCGCUUCGUGGCUAGAGUCGAGGCUAUAGUCGCGUCGAAGCGGAAGCACUACAAACACCAGGUCCAGGAUGUGCACGUGUGUACGGGCGUCGUGCUGUCCGAGUUCUGGACGCUGACGGCUGCGCACUGUGUGGUGGAGCUGGAGGACCUCACACAGAAAGGCAGCAGAAUUCCAAGAAAGGCCGUAGUUCGGGUUAAUUCCUACACGGGAACGAGGCAGGGGCCAGAGGGACAACCGGAAGACAUUGCACCGGUACCGACACCAGCAACUACUGCAGCACCUACUCCGGCAACAUUAGCAGAAACAGUCCUAUAUACACACGUAACAAGGCCAAAACCGUUCAAGAAAAAGCCAUGUCCUGACCGUGAGCCCGAGACCACGGCGUACGACAUAGUGGAGAUGCACAAACACUCGGGGUACAGGGACGUGUCUGUCAAUGAGAACAUUCACGUAAAAAACGACAUCGCCUUGCUGCACACUGAGCAGAUCCCGCUCCAAGAGUACGGCAAGAUUGGCAGCGGAGACUUUACUUCUUUGGUAGGAUACCAAUCGAAAAUUCUAGGUUAUGGUACAAGUCAGCUCAGGGCGGACCUCAGACUGUUGCAAGCAUUGCACGUGCUGGUCGUGGAAUGUCCGCAAGACCACGAGAUGUACCCGGCCAUCUGUGUGGCGGCGCGCUGCAAGACGGAGCGCGCCGUGCUGUGCAAGGGGGACGCGGGCGGGCCGCUCAUCACCUUCUUUGGAGUUAUUGGCAUCAUCGGGAAGAAUACCAACGUGCAUUGUCUUCAAACCACCGUCUCGGCCAGCACCACUGUUGGACAUCUGUUGCCAUUAAGUCCGUACCUCACUUGGAUAACCAGUCAUAUACUUAGGACAGACCCAGAGCCAGAGCCAGACGAUUGCAGAUAAUAUGUGAGAACGAAACUAUUUGUACGUUUGACCGUUUUUGUAACUAAACUGGGCUACUUCCACACGAAAAUAAAUUGUUGUCGUUUGUCUUUAUAUGUUUUUAAUAAAUAUUUUUUC